AUGGUGGGGCUCACAGGCAGCAUGAGGUUGCAGUUUGGGCACACAAACUUGGAAACCUUCGCCAAGGCUGACCUAGACUUUGCCAUGAAGAACAUGAGGCCUGGGAACCAAAGCCAGAGCUGUUCCUUCACAAGAGUCGACAGCCUGAUGAGGACGGUGCAGCUGGGCGUCCACAUCCCCACGUUCCUCCUGGGCCUCGGCCUCAACGUGCUGGCCAUCCACAGCUUUGCCUCCUUCCUGAGGAAGCGGCAGGAGGAGUACAGGGCCACCUCCAUCUACAUGAUCAAUCUGGCGGCCUUCGAUCUGCUGCUCGUGCUCUCUCUCCCAUUCAAGAUGGCGCUGUCCCAGGGCCCUGCCCACCCGGCGUCCUUCUGCACCAUGGUGGAGUGCCUCUACUUCGUCAGCAUGUACGGGAGCGUCUUCACCAUCACUUUCAUCAGCCUCGACCGCUACCUGUCCAUCAGGUACCCGAUGGAGGUCAAACACCUCCGAUCGCCGAGGAACAUCUCCAUCGUCUGCUGCACCAUCUGGGCCCUGGUGUGGGCGGCCAGCAUCCCCAUCUACUCCUUUCACGGAGAGGCGGGCAACUCCACGUGCUUCCACAACAUGUCGAGCGGAGCCUGGAGCGUCUCGGCCAUCGUCCCUCUGCAGCUCUUCGGAUUUCUCCUUCCCAUGGCCACCGUCUGCUUCUGCUCCUUCAGCAGCAUCUACAUUCUGCUGGGCAAGGCAGAGCAGAGGAAGACUCUGGCCAGGAAGAGGGCGGACGUCAUCCGCUCCAUUGCCGCCAGCCUGGCCGUCUUUGUGGCCUCCUUCCUGCCCGUCCACCUCUGCAUCUUCCUGCAGUUCCUGGUGAGGAAUGACUUCAUCCAAGACUGCCCUACCAAGCAGGGCAUCAGCUUCUCCCUGCAGCUGGCCCUCUGCCUCUCCAACGUCAACUGUUGCUUGGAUGUCUUCUGCUACUACUUUGUUAACAGAGAGUUCAGGGCAGGGAUUUUGACUCACCACCGGCCUUCCAGGGCUCAGCUUUUCCGACAAGAGAGCAUGGCCGCGAGCACUGAGGAUACAGAGGGAAAGCUCUAA